AGCUGAGGGCGGCGCGCGUGAAUGAGAGGAGACAAGAGAGUGACCUCGGAGGAAACCCUGCUGGAUCAGAGAGACAAGAGGAGCAGACUAAACUAAAGCGACAACGCCGGACUGACAUGAGCAGACUCAAGUGUUUGGAGCGCGCUUGUUGACGCAUAAUCUCUCCCGCCCCGUUGCCACUGGGAGGGGGCAACUUGAGCUGCCUAAACUCCUCUCCUCCAAGAGAGAUUUACAGAGUGCGCCACCCGCUGUUCCAGCAUCUUCGAAUCUACUAAUCUACAAACCUUUUUCAGGACAUAAACCAGUAUUUUACCCCACGUUUACGCGCCUGGAUCCAGGUUUAUUCAUCCACGUUUACCGGAUUCGCUCUUCUUUUUCUCUUUCUGACACGACUCGCCAUCAUCACAAGGUAAUUUCUGCUCAUCGCGCGGAGGUUCUGGAGCCAUGACAGCCCCCCCGCUGGCCCCACAGCCCACCUGCUGACGGUACCGGGCCGCGGGAUGAUGGGAGCACGUCUGACGCACGUUUCAAGAUUCAGAACCAGACGAUUUCUCAAUGGACGAAGACAGUGACACCCGGAAAAUCAACAGCGGCUUCCUGCGCGACCACAACUAUGCAACCGAAGCUGACAUUAUCUCAACGGUGGAGUUUAACUCAUCGGGGGAGCUGUUGGCCACCGGGGACAAAGGAGGCCGAGUGGUUGUGUUCCAGCGGGAGCAGGAGAGUAAAAGCCAGCCUCAGCGCAGAGGAGAGUACAACGUCUACAGCACAUUCCAAAGCCACGAGCCGGAGUUCGACUACCUGAAGAGUUUAGAGAUCGAGGAGAAAAUCAACAAGAUCAAAUGGCUCCCUCAGCAAAACGCCGCCUACUUCCUCCUCUCCACCAACGACAAAACAGUGAAGCUGUGGAAGAUCAGUGAAAGAGACAAGCGUCCGGAAGGGUACAACCUGAAGGAUGAGGACGGCCGGAUCCGAGACCCGUCCACCAUCACCUCUCUGCGGGUGCCGGUGUUGCAGCCGAUGGAUCUGAUGGUGGAGGCUACAGCUCGCCGCGUGUUCAGUAACGCUCACACUUACCACAUCAACUCCAUCUCUGUGAACUCCGACCUCCAGACCUUCAUCUCCACCGACGACCUCCGGGUGAACCUGUGGAACCUGGAGAUCACAGACAGAAGUUUCAACAUCGUGGACAUCAAACCGGCCAACAUGGAGGAGCUGACGGAGGUGAUCACGUCGGCAGAGUUCCACCCGCAGCAGUGCCACACCUUCGCCUACAGCAGCAGCAAAGGCUCCAUACGACUGUGCGACAUGAGGCAGGCCGCGCUCUGCGACAAACACUGCAAAUAUUUUGAGGAGCCGGAGGAUCCUUCAACCCGGUCGUUCUUCUCCGAAAUCAUCUCAUCCAUCUCAGACGUGAAGUUUAGCCACAACGGGCGAUACCUGAUGACAAGGGACUACCUCACGGUCAAAGUGUGGGACCUCCAGAUGGAGAACAAACCUGUGGAAACGUACCAGGUUCAUGACUAUCUGCGAGGUAAACUGUGCUCCCUGUACGAAAACGACUGCAUCUUUGACAAGUUUGAGUGCGUCUGGAACGGAUCAGACAGUGUUAUAAUGACCGGCUCCUACAACAACUUCUUCCGGAUGUUUGACCGAAACACGAAGCGAGACGUCACAUUAGAAGCGUCAAGGGAAAACAGCAAACCCAGAGCGAUUCUGAAGCCUCGCAAGGUGUGCGUAGGCGGGAAACGGCGCAAAGACGAGAUCAGCGUGGACAGCUUAGACUUCAGCAAAAAGAUCCUCCACACAACAUGGCACCCGCACGAAAACAUCAUCGCUGUAGCGGCUACGAACAACCUCUACAUCUUCCAAGACAAGGUCAACUAAACGGCCAAACUGCCCAAGCUGACCCCUGACCCCUGACCUUUGAACUGGGACACUGCGGGGGGGGGGGGGAAAGCACAUUCGGAAAUAAUUGGAAAAGAUGGAGCGUAAAUGUACAAUCCUUCAGCUUUUCCCGGCGUUGUUAAGUUUUGGCUAAUGGACUUUUUCGGAUCGGAUUAUCCAUAGACUGAAACUGGUGAAGCCUGGAUCAGUUUUUUGGGGGAAUUUUAAUUUAUUUAACCAAGAAAAAGUGAAUUCAAAGCUUUUAUGCAAGAGUUUCGCUGUAUGGAUAAUGUGUGAUGUAGCAGCCACUCGGACCCUGACUCUAAACGGGCGGCGUGGGAAUAUAGCACACACAGAGAGAGACAGCCUACAUGACUGUGGAUGUUCGUCGUGUAGCAACAGCGCCCCCUACCGUUCAAUCUGCCCUUCUGCACGCUCGGUGUCAGAGGCAAAGACAGCACAAAGACUCGCUGCUCCAAAAAUCAGAAAGGAGACUGUUAAUGUUUUGGAAUUGCCUGUGAUAAAAAGGAAAAAAAUACAGGAUUGUUUUUGGAAUAUGGUUGUGUCCCUUUGUUGUAAUAUGAAUGAAAGACGCCACGUAAGGCCAUUUGAUUUGAAAAUACUGAUGUUUUUAAGUUCGUUAAGAAGCUGUGGUGCCUUCUUUUGGUAUGUUGGGGGUUAA